UGUUCAUUAUCUAACAAUCAUUAAAACACAAAACACGUCAUCUUUCUUAAAGUCCAUCUCUGUUAAAAUGGUCGAUAUUCGUUGUGCGUCACACAGCGCAUGAUCGUACCUGUUGCCCGCGUGGGUCCUUUGAGAUGCUGGGAGAAUCAUAAUUGUGUGUUUUUACCAUAAAUCUUUAUAGAAAAUGAGUAGAUUCACUUAAAAGUAUUGUCAAUUAUGAAGAUAUGUGUUGUGAAUUAGUGAAAAUACUUGAAAAACGUUUUUGGAGCUCAGAAUGCAUCAAGGUGCAUUCCUCAGCACCGGAUGGACUCGGGGAGGAGCUUCCGAAGUUGUUCGUCGAGCUCAUCCCGCUUCCGGUGCCCAAUGGAACGUUCAAGUCGUCAGGGGGAAAGUCAACGGAAAAUGUCUUUGGAACGCCUGUAAGGCUCUCAGUCUAGGUUUGCUGUUGAUGGUGUUAGGAGCAGCAAUGGCCACCAUAGGUUAUUACGCCGAUCAUCUAUCAGCAACUCCAGAGUUCAAAGGAAACUUCACGUUUCGAACGAAAAACGAAACGAAAAGUUUCCAUUUGAACAAUUUAUCCUACGCCGGUCCUAUCGUAAUGGGUGUCGGGGGUUUUAUCGUUGUGGCGGCUUGCGUUAUGACUUUCGAAGCGCGCGAUUCCGCAGCUAAAGUCGUACCGGCUAGAUUCAAACUGAGUACGACGGGUCCUCCGAGCGUUUGCGGUCACGGCAGCUGUAGCAGUAGACACAGCUCGUUGAAAACAUCAGCGGUGCAGGUUCAAACGAUGACUCAACACCCUUAUACUCAUCAGAGCACGUCCUCGACGGAUAGAAGGGCGUUGACUCAGUCUUUUUUACAUUUUUCUAGGGGCCUUGCGUUGGAAACGCAACAGAACAAGAAUUUGCUCAAACUUCCGCAGGGAUCUAUCAAUAGAAGUCCUUCCGCUCCUGAUCUUGUAUUAGAACGUACGGAACAGCCUCCAUCGCCGCAUAUCCGUACGCCCGUGCCCCAAAAAUCUAAUACGAAGCCGAAGACUUUCGCCGCAUGCGCUCUACUCAAUCCGGGUCUGCUGCAGAGACAUGCGCUGUCCGUUGACGAAACGGCGGGAAAUUAUAGGUUAAGUAAUGAUUCCAUACAUCCGUGCGGAAGUCAGGGAUCCAUGGCGAUGGAUUUACAUUUAGAAUGCCCCGUAACACUCCGCAUCAAAGAUAAACGUAGAAACCCACUAAAGAGACAAAGGAGAGUCGACGAAGAAGUCAGCCACGUACAAGAUGAAACAAUUAGACGAAGCUCCCAUUCUUGUUCAGUCAAAUUACCAAACCACAAUUUAAAAGACACUUCUAAAAGGGGAGGUUCGGCGCAUCAAUUACCAACACAUUACACUCACUGUCGAUCCUCUUCAACGAAACGGAGAAGCUCCAACGCUUCCGAUGUCGGUUGUAGAUCGAGACCGAGGAAAAGAGAUUGCGCCAUCGCCAAGGGAAAAUUAGAAAGGGCCAUAAGUUCGGAUUCAAGACUUCCUGGCGUUUCUAGAUACCCUCCUCAUAGAACUCCUCAAGUUACACCAGAAGUUAGUCCACAAAUUUCUCCGCAACCAACACGCGCUCAAAAUUCUUUGGAGGUAGAUCCGGGAGGUAACUGUGAGGAUAUUGAGGUUAGGUUAUCUCAACACAGUGUACAUUUUAGUAACAGUUCUCAGAAAUGAGGGAGGUCGUCGUGGUGCUGAUGACGAAGUUUUUCGAAUGAAUGUAUUUGGUAAUUUCUUUUCGUAUUCUGAAAACAAGAAAGAAAAUGGAGUUCAACAUUCGAGUUUUGCCGAUAUCUUAGGUCAAAAGUUUUUGAGCGUCGGGGUUUUUCUGAGAAUCAAAUUUUUCGAAGUCCUGGAUUCCAAUGUCCUAACUUUCUGAGCAUCAAGGGUCCUUCAGUUUUUAAAAUUUCUGUUCAUCCAAUUUUGUAUUUUUCUGAGUUUCUGAGCGUCUGAAGUUUCCGUUUUGUCGAAAUGCCAAUAUCUCAGCUUUCUGAGUAUCCGAGUUCUUAAUUUGAAAAAUUCCCAGUUUCCGAGCAUCUGAAUUUUAUGAUUAUCCAAGACCUUCAGUUUUGACCAUCCAAUUUUGUAUUUUUCUGAGUUUCUGAGCGUCUGAAGUUUCCGUUUUGUCGAAAUGCGAAUAUCUCAGCUUUCUGAGCAUCCGAGUUCUUAAUUUGAAAAAUUCCCAGUUUCCUAGCAUCUGUAUUUUAUGAUUAUCCGAGACCAUCAGUUUUGACCAUCCAAUUUUGUAUUUUUCUGAGUUUCUGAGCGUCUGAAGUUUCCGUUUUGUCGAAAUGCGAAUAUCUCAGCUUUCUGAGCAUCCGAGUUCUUAAUUUGAAAAAUUCCCAGUUUCCUAGCAUCUCAAUUUUAUGAGUAAACAAGUCCAUCAGUUUUGGAAACUGCGUAUUUCUGACCUUCGAAUUUUGUAUUUUUCUGAGUUUAUGAACAGUUUCCGAGUACCCGAUUUCUUGAGUUUUCAAUAUUUAAUAUUCUGAGAGAUUCUGAGCUAACGAAAUUGCAAUGUUCCACGUUUUCAAUCGCUUGAAUUUAGUGUAUUUCUUUUAUAACUCUCAGACUUUCUGAGCAUCCGAAUUCUUGGGUUUCCAAAUUUUUAAAAUUCCGAGCUUACGCAAUUCCGAAUAUCUGAGUAUCUGUAUCUUGCGGUAUUUUGCAUAAUUAUUGUGUUUAAUAUUCUCAACAUCUCUGAGCAUCUAAAUUUUCGAGUUUCUCAAAAUCAAGAUUCUGAAGUCACGAAAUUCUGAUUAUCAAGCGUCUGUGCCUUGUGGAAUUUUCAGACUUUCUGAUCAACCAAUUUCUUGAUUUUUAAACUUCCGUCUUUCUGAGCUACUGCGUCUGACAAAUUUCUGAUGUAAAAAUUAUUAGACUUUCUAAAUAACCGAAUCCUCAAGUUUUUGACUUCCGACUUUCUCAGCUCACGAAAUUCUGAGUUUUGGAGCAUCUGUACUUCUGGUUUUUAGAGCCUUCAAAUACUUAAUUUUCUGAGCAUCCGACUUUCUGAGUUUCCGAGCAUCUAUUUCUUGAGGAUUAUUGUGUAAAAUACUCUCUAGUUUUCUGAGACGCCAAAUACUUAAUUUUCUAAACAUCCGACUUUCUGAGCUCUCAAAAUUCUGAUUUUCUGAGCAUCUGUACCUAGCGGAUUUCUGCGUGAAAUACUCAUCGAUUUUCUGAGCCAUCAAUACCUAAUUUACUAUGCAUUCGUCUUUCUUAGCUCAAGAAAUUCAGAGUUUCGAAGCAUCUAUUUCUUGCGGAUUAUUGUGUGAAAUACUCUCCUCUUUUAUGAGCUUUCAAAUACUCAAUUUUCUGAGCAUCCGACUUUCUGAGCUCACGAAAUUCUGAUUUAACGAGCAUCUGAACCUACGUGAGAUACUCUCCGAUUUUCUGAGCAUCCAAAUACUUAAUUUUCUAAGCAUCCGACUUUCUGAGCUCACGAAAAUCUGAGUUUCUAAGCAUCCUCAUCUUGCGGAUUAUUGUGUGAAGUACUCUCCGAUUUUCUGAGCCUCCAAAUACUUAAUUAUCUAACGACUUUCUGAGCAUCCGUACUCUUCUGAUUUAUGUGUGGAAAAUUCUCCAACUCUGAGCAUACGAUUUUUCGAAUAUUUUAACUAUCUGAGCUCACGAGAUUCAGAGUUUAUGAAUAGCCGAGCUGCAUAAAUUUCUGAAUAUACGAGUUAACAAGCCAACGUUUUAUUAGCGCCCCGACUAAAACAUCUUUAAUACGUAGUACCGGUUGUUCCAAUAAGAACGGCUCUCGGCCAUGCCUCGGGAACCGUUUAUAUUACAGCUUCGGGAAAAAAAAUUAUAACAAAAGUGACGGGAGCGUAAUUAAAUACCAAAAAUUAUAAAAUAAGUAAUUUACAAAUUUUGCCUAAUUAAGAUGCAUUUAAACUAUGAUUAUCGUAUUCUUCAAGAAAUUUAGCGUAUAUUUGAUUUAACAAGUUUUAGUCUAUCUCUCCAAAUAAGAGAUGGGGGGAAGUGGGAACUUUAUUAUGAAAAAACGCCUGAAGUCCAGUGCUACUUAACAUAUCUAUGCAAACUUAGUCUUUUUGAAGAGAGCUCCUUUCUACCAAUAUAAGAGUUAUAAUUUCGAAACAACCUAAUGAAUAACGUGCAAUAAAUGGAAACAUGCAGUUUUAAUUAAGGAAUAUAAAAGUAGACCAAAUUAGCAACAGAAUAGCGAAAACUGCAUGUCGAUAUCUUUUUCGUAUUACGAGAUAUCCUAAGAAAUGUGUAAAUUUUAAGCAUUUUCCUCUAAACAUAAAUUACUCCGAGUUGACUGAACGAAUUUUAACAUUUGACCCCUCAAAAUUGUCUUUCCUUAUUUUAUUAAUAAUAGUUCCAAUUAUUAUGUCAAUAUUGAUUAUGCUGUCGAAACUGCGUUAUGGAAGUUAAAAUGGAAAUAUAACAUAACUCGCUAGUGACAACCUAAAUGUUCAAAUUGUCACCCAUCAUAUUCGAUACAAGCGUUUAUUCUUUAAAGAGUAGAUUGAACAGCAGUCUCAAUUUCACUUUUGUGAUGAAUUUCUUUUUCCCUAAGCUGUGCUAUAAACGGUUCCCGAGAUAUGGCCGAGAGCCAUUCUUAUUGGGACAACCGGUACAUACUGAAAAACUGGUCAAAUUAAAAUCCAAAUAUUAAUGAUGGAUGUUAUAUGAACUUAUAUUUGUAUAAAAAAAAUGUAGUAAUGAAUGGUUAGAUAGUUUUCACAUAAUAUACCCACUGAUUGUAAUUGUUGAAAAAAUUAUAUUAAAAAAAACAAA